AUGGCUUCUGGUUCUGAAUUCUCUUUCCUCCUCUUCUUAUCAAUCUCUUUCUUCUUCUUCUUCUUAGCAUCAACCAAUAUUAAUGUAGAAGCAAUAAUAAUAAACUCAAUAAACCCUUCUCUUCCACCCUUCACCUCCUUGUACAUGCCCAUCCAAAAAGACAAUUCUACCCUCCAAUAUCACACCACAGUUGAGUGGGGUUCCGAGGAAAACUACUUCGACGUCGUCAUAGAUCUCGGUGGAGAGUUCUUGUCAUUACCAUGCGACACUAACAACAAGUCAACGACAUACAGUUCCAUAAAAUGUGGCUCCACCAAGUGCACUUCUACUUGCAAGGCAAACGACAGUUGUGUGGUGUCGUUUCUCAACCCUUUCAAUGAGACUGUCUUGUCAGGUAGGUUAAGUGAGGAUGGUUUCGCUGCAGUGCCAUCUGAUGGUGAUAGAAUCUCUCGUGAUUCGUAUCUACUCACCACUUCUCACCAUCAUAACUUGAUUCCGUUCACGUGCCUUGAUUCGAGUAGCUUGAAUGGCCUAGCCCAAGGGGACAUGGGGAGGGUCUCUGGGAUAAUUGGAUUUGGAGGCACAAAGAUGUCGUUUGCCAAAAACCUUGCCUCUUCGUUUCAAGCCCCUCAUCGUGACAAGUUUGCUGUUUGCUUACCCUCAACCAAUGUUGGUCUAGGAGUGGUUUUUAUUGGUGGAGGGCCUUAUUGGUUUGAUCCUUAUUGGGUAAAUGGCUCUAUGGAGGCAUCCAAAUGGUUAGACUACACACCAUUGAGUAUCAACACUUUGGGUGAGUACUUCAUUGGUGUGAAAUCCAUCAAAAUAGACAAAAGGGUUGUCCAUUUCAACACUUCUUUGUUGUCCCAUGAAGGGAAAACCGGGCUUGGUAGGACUAAGAUUAGUACUUCAACUCCUUACACCAUCUUGCAUACUUCUAUCUACAAUGCUGUGGUUGGUGGUUUUGUCAAGAGCGCGGCGGCUAGGAAUAUCACCCGAGUGGCGGCCGUGGCAAAGUUUGGGGUGUGUUUCAACACAAAGAAUGUCGUUUGGAGCAAGGAGGGACCAAGGGUACCUGUGAUAGAUUUGGAGCUAGAAGCUGGCAACGGUACAAGGAGGAAUGGUGUGACAUGGAGGAUCAUUGGGGCCAAUUCAAUGGUGGGGGUGAAUAAGAACGUGAUGUGCUUGGGAUUCAUAGAUGGAGGGUCAAAAGCAACAACUUCAAUAGGAGGGCUUCAGUUGGAAGAUAAUCUUUUGGAGUUUGACCUAAAUACCUCAAUGUUAGGCUUCACUUCUUCCUUUUUGCCUAGAGAAACAAGAUGUACAACCGACAGGCUCUUUCAACCUGAUGAUUAA